GUCCCCUGCAUGGCUCUCUCAUGCAAAACACUUUGACAUCUCCCAUGCUGCAGUUUUAAUUGGGGUAUCCCAGAGUGCUGCAUUGUUUAUGGAGCAUUUCAGUAAUUAACGUCGUGUCAGUAAACAUUUCAGUGUAACUACCUCAGUGUUGAGGGAUUUUACAGGGCCAGAAGCAUUUACGUAUUAUUCUGAUGCUUUGACACCUCGCUGCACCAGACAUGGGCUGCAGCAGCUAAUGUAGGACUGCACUCAGAGCCCUUUUUGUGUUUAAGUGUGUUUUUGUGUUUUUCUAAAGCAGCAGCUUAGUAAAGCGAGUGCCAUCCACAAAGUGACAGUGCAUGCUGGCCGUUCCAUGUUUCACUGCCUGGUAGCAGGACAUGUUUUUAGCUUUCCGUUCAGUCUUUGGGUAAAAGGUUUCGUUAUGCCAGAACAGAGCGAAAAUGGGACCAGAGGUUGUUUAUCGUACAGUCAGUGUGAAAUCAAAAUGAUGGUUAUUUAUAUGAGACUUGGCAAAUCACUAUUAAAAGUCAUUCAUUCACACGCCUCCCAUGAAAACUUCAUUACUCCGAUUUUUAUUUUCCUUCAUAAUGUCUUUUCAUUUUCUCUGUUGACCGAAGGAAAAUAUAAGCAAAGAUGUAACUUCACUAGACACUUUUUUGCAAACUAAGGUGGAAUUUUUUAAAAAUACCAGCUCCCGUUGUCAGAUUUUGUUUUCUCGAGUUUGCUCUUGGGUGAAAGAGGGGAAACCUUAAACGUUAGCAUCUGUGGCCCGGAAUAUUCUUUCCUGCUUUAGUCUGAUGUUGCCCAGUGCCGCCUCAAUUUCGCCAAGUCGGCGUCUUUCUUUCUCGACCCGUGACUGAAAAUUCCGGGCGUCCCUUAUUCUCGUAGCUGCAAGCUACAAUGUGACUUUGAUAAGCUCUGAGCAGACGGCAACUUGAGUGGAGCAGGUCGUGGUCAAAGAUCAGAGCAUUCUGUGGGACUGAUACAUCACCGCCCUUGCAGGUCCGAGAUGUUCCUUCUGGAGGCAAACCCCUACUCGAGGUCUGGCCACAGCACAGUGCCGCUCGCUCCCACGUCACGCUAAGGGUGGCAGCCAGAGUGUCCUGGGAUGGCCACCAUGCCGUUUGUCGGCGAGGGGAAGUGUGUCAGCGUGGAGUGGGACUUCCUGCAGGGGCUUCUGGCCAAGCCGCCAACCUUACCAUGCUUACAGAACCUGCGGAAAGAGAAAUCUCGGAAUGCCGCACGCUCCAGACGUGGGAAGGAGAACUUUGAAUUCUUUGAACUUGCUAAGUUGCUGCCCCUGCCUGGUGCCAUCACCAGUCAGCUGGACAAGGCAUCUGUCAUCCGGCUCACCAUCAGUUACCUGCACAUGCGCCACUUCGCCAACCAUGGUGACCCACCCUGGGGACCCCUACUGGAAGGAGGAUCAAACUGCACCAAGGUGCACCGCAGUUCACGCUCCCUGGCCACUGACAUGUUUGAACAACACCUAGGAGCCCACGUGCUGCAGUCGCUGGAUGGUUUCGUGUUCGUGGUCAGUCACGAGGGUCGCUUUCUCUACAUAUCCGAAACUGUGUCCAUCUACUUGGGCCUCUCGCAGGUGGAGCUGACGGGGAGCAGCAUCUUCGACUACAUCCACCCUGCGGACCACCUGGAGAUGGCCGACUGCCUGGGCAUAAGGCCACACCUGAGGGCGGAGGUCGGGUGCCAGGGGACGCACGAGAGCACCUCCAGCUCCACCUCCUCACUGGCCGAGACGCCGGAACCCGCUCCCACCAACCAUCUGAAACCAGAAGAUGAGUCCUGGGAUCGGGGCUUCUUCAUCCGCAUGAAGUCCACCCUGACGAAGCGGGGAUUGCAUGUCAAAUCUUCUGGGUACAAGGUAAUCCAUAUCACCGGGCGGAUCCGCUUCCGCCUCACCCUGGCACCAGGCCACACCCGCUCAUUGCAGCGCCCGCUGGGAUUGGUGGCUUUGGCACACACCCUCCCCCCCUCCACCCUCAACGAGGUCCGCAUGGAAAGCCAGAUGUUUGUCUUUCGAAUGAACAUGGACCUGCAGGUCACCUACUGUGAAAACAGGAUCUCUGAGUACAUGGACCUGAGCCCAGCUGAGGUGGUGGGACACACGUGUUACCAGUUCAUCUACGCGGAGGAUCUGGAGAGCCUGCGGCAGAGCCAUGAAGACCUGCUGCGGAAGGGCCAGGUAGUGACCAACUACUACCGCUGGUUGCAGCGGCGGGGGGGCUUCCUGUGGGUGCAGUCCUGCGCCACUGUCUCUGUCAACCACAAGGCGCCGCAUGAGCGCAACGUCAUCUGGGUCAACUAUGUGCUCAGCCGCACGGAGUUUCCGGACACCCCUCUGGACUUGCUUCAGCUGCCGGAGAGCCUUCGAGACGGCCACAUGCGAGUGAGCUCCGCCCACAAGGAUGCCUCGUCACAGGCUCAGGGCACAGCUGCCACACAACAUAUAAAAUGCUCUAGUGGCAAAAAUGGCUCAGGGUCAAAGGUGAGGGAGGCGUAUUCCCUGCCUCCAAAUGGCCAAUCAGAGGAGAAGAGGAAGAGAGCACAGCAGUCCAACCCCAAAAGCAGUCCCCUGGAAAAGAGGCAGAGAAAGGAGUUUCUUGAAAAGAGGGAGGGGAGCCCGUCUGCAUCUUCUGAUCAAGGGAGCGACAGUGAGGGGGAAGGAGGAGCGGAGAGACGGUGCCACGCUGAUGGUGGGAGGGUGAAGUGUGAGGAAGGCGCGUCGAAACACGGGAAGGAGGCCGCGCGCAGUGGAGCCGACAUGCCGCACAACGGCCGCGCCGUCAUCCAGCAGCUGAAGAGCGGGGUCACCUCAGCCGCCCCCUGCAUCAAAACCGAACAGAACCUCCAGGCCACAGGGGGGCGCUGGGGGCAUGUGAAACCCCCUUUGCACACCCCUGCGGGAGCCCAAAAUGGCGACGGCCCUGCACUGUCCAUGCCAGACUCUGCCAUGACCCCGCCCAGUGGGGAAACCCCACACAGGGGGCUCCUCGCACCCCCCUCCCCCACACUGUCCCCGCCUGUGGCAGGCUCCCCACUGCCCAGGGAGGAGCGAGGCUUAGCUGGAGGGCGAGGCCCAGACUUUGAACUACUACAGAGGCUGGCUGUGGGAAGCGCUGCCGGCCGGGUCCUUUUCCACCCCCUGGCACUCGGCCCCCAAGGGACCCAGAGCCUAUACGCCCCCAGCACCAUUCGAUACGCCCCAGCCGAGCUGGGUCCCGGCCACCCUGCCCCAGAGGCUCUCCCGUCAGACCACUCCAAGCCUCCUGCCUUCUUCCCCCAUCUCCAGAGGAUCGCUGCCCUUCCCCCUUUCAGCGGGUUUUCCUCAUCCGAGCCCAGCUUCCCACCCGGGCUGCCGUUCUGCAUCAACGGGCUGCGAGGGACGGCAGCCUCAGAAGAGGACUGAGAGAGCCUCAGCAGGGCACAGAGAGAGGGAAAGCUGGAAUGGGAUGUUUGAUCUAACCCAGAGUCUCUGUAAGAGCCUCAUCGAGCUUGCAAAGGAUUAUGGGAGAGGUGGCCUCCAUCUCUGUAGCACCUGCACCCCCCUCCUCUGGCAUCUCCCAGCCCUGCUCUUGCAUCAACAUCUUCCCUGACAUUGGAAAAGCCAUACACACCCUGUACUGUGUACUCUCUGUACUGUCACUGCCAUAUACACCCUCGUGUGCAGGGUAAGCCUGGGUGGGUGGGCCUGUUCCUGUGACAGAGCCAUGUAUAAGCCAAUAGUAGCAUUCAGACACAUUAGCAAUGGGCACAAGGCUAAGUGCUGAAUAUAAACAGAGGGGACUGUCUUGCUGAAACCUUCUUUAAGUUAUACUGCGCACAGUUCGGGUUUGACUCCAUGUUGAAUACGGUUUCUCUGUCUGCUUUGGCUUUGGCCAUUUGUACUCUGUAUCUCCCCGUCUUUCAGUAACACCAUCUCUGCAUCUGGCUUUCGAGAUGCCCCCUCGCCCUCACUCUACGGAUGGCCCGAUUCCUGCAGACAUUUUUUCGGCCAGUGUGCGUAGAAGCCAUUUCACUCGAGUCACCCGCUGUCCCUCCCGCUCGGAGAUUCUGCGAGAGCUUAAAGCAAACCGCUGUACCGGAGCUACGAUCACGAGCCAGGUUUCAGCCAUAUUCCUCCAACUAUCUUUGUGUCCCUGGAGAAAGGGUAUUGAAUUUUGGGUAGGUCCUGAAGAUGGGGGAGAACUGUCUAUUUGGAAAGGCUGAUUCAUAGCAAACUUUUGGUCACUUUACAGUAUAACCCUCCUGGAUGGUUUGGAGGAGAUUUUCAUCUACAUUAUCUGUCUGAGCACUUACUGCAUUAUCUGGUAGGGUUCCUUGUACAGAACUAUGUAAACAUGUAGCACUUGUAAAUCCAUGCCCACAGAUUCACGAGUACUUUUGUGCGUGUAAGCAACACCAGCGGGUGUUUUGGAGUGCUUAAAAGUCACUUCAGGAUAAGAAGGUAAUUUGUAACCAAGUUUCUUGAGUCCACUGAUAUGUUUAGUGUAAGUAUAGAACAAUAUCGCAUCUAGUCAUUACAGCUUGAGCUGAAAAGCUUGUAACCUGGGAAAAGAACGUGAAUCCAAAUAAAAUUUUGUAGGUGGGCAUAUGAGAACUAAUGUUUGAACACGAUGAGAUGUAAUUUAUAUUUUUUGUUUUUGGUGAAGGUCUAAAAAUGAUUGGGAAUUACUGGUAACGUUUUUCUAGAUCGUUAUAUGCUAUUGAAGGACCACUGAAGGUAGGGAUGAAUUCACUGUGUAUUGUAACCCAAGAAGCCCGAAUUAAAUGUUUUUUUUCUCAUGUUAGUUUAGUCGAUGAAACAAUAACGUCUUAGCCUUCGCCAUCACUGUGACAACUUUUUUUUAAUCGUUUGUGAAUAUAUCCCAACUCCCAACCCUGAAUUAAAUUGAAAUGCUGUAAAAAAAAAAGAAACUACAAUAAAAUAAAGUUUUAUUCCAUUAAAAUUCCAAGGUCUCAUUUAAAAAUUGCUUGUAAUAUGGUUUUUAGGUGUUUUUAAAUUUGCCGUGAAGUAUUUUUCUUUAAAAACGAACCAAUAAGAAUUUUA